AAUGACAUUAGACGAGCUGCAAAACAAUAUACAAACGAAUAUUCAGAGUAACGAAACAGAAAAAAAGCAAGAAAACGUACAAACAAAUCAGAGCAGUCAGCCAAUGGAAAGCGAGAAAUCGGAUAAAAACAAUAUAACGGUAAACCAUAAGAAUCAGAAUGAUGUUACCAUAUCAUUUCUACGAGCUGCUCGUAGUGGAGAUCUGGGCAAGGUACUGGAAUUUAUAGAUAGUGGACUUAUAACGAACAUAAACACGUGCAAUGCGAAUGGGUUAAAUGCCCUGCAUCUUGCGGCCAAGGAUGGAUUUGUGGACAUAUGCAACGAGCUCCUUAAACGCGGAAUUUUGGUAGACAGUGCGACGAAAAAAGGAAACACUGCCUUACAUAUAGCUUCGUUGGCUGGCCAGCAGCAAGUGAUAAAACAACUAAUCCAAUACAAUGCGAAUGUCAAUGUGCAGUCACUAAACGGCUUUACACCUUUGUAUAUGGCUGCACAGGAGAAUCAUGACAGUUGUUGCCGUCUACUACUAAGUAAGGGUGCCAAUCCAUCUCUCGCUACUGAAGAUGGCUUCACGCCUCUCGCUGUGGCAAUGCAACAGGGUCACGAUAAAGUGGUCGCCGUACUCCUCGAAAGCGAUGUUCGUGGCAAAGUGCGUUUGCCGGCCUUACAUAUUGCAGCGAAAAAGAAUGACGUUUAUGCGGCUACAUUGCUGUUAAGGCAUGAUAAAACCGCGGAUAUUGUAUCCAAGUCAGGCUUUACACCACUUCACAUUGCUGCCCAUUAUGGGAAUGUGGACAUUGCUAACUUGUUGCUCGAAUGCGGCGCCGAUGUCAACUACGCAGCAAAACAUAACAUAACACCGUUGCAUGUUGCCUGUAAAUGGGGAAAGGCAGCUGUAUGCAAACUUUUGCUUGCGCAACGAGCCCAAAUUGAUGCCACAACUCGAGAUGGACUUACACCACUGCAUUGUGCGUCGCGAUCCGGACAUGUUGAGGUCAUACAGCUUUUACUCUCUCAAAAUGCUCCAAUAUUGUCGAAGACAAAAAAUGGAUUAUCUGCUCUUCAUAUGUCAGCGCAGGGAGAACAUGAAGAAGCAGCCCGUUUGCUACUCGAUUACAAGGCGCCCGUUGACGAAGUGACCGUUGACUAUUUGACAGCUCUCCAUGUGGCCGCUCACUGCGGCCAUGUGCGAGUGGCUAAAUUAUUGCUGGAUUAUGGAGCGAAUCCGAACUCCCGAGCGCUUAAUGGAUUUACGCCCUUGCACAUUGCGUGCAAGAAAAAUCGCAUCAAGGUGGCGGAAUUGCUAAUCAAACAUGGCGCCAAUAUUCGUGCCACCACUGAGUCCGGUUUAACGCCGUUACAUGUAGCCAGUUUUAUGGGCUGUAUGAAUAUUGUUAUUUACUUGUUGCAACACGAUGCUAGCCCCGACAUGCCUACCAUACGCGGCGAAACGCCUCUUCAUUUGGCUUCUCGCGCAAAUCAGGUUUGUCAGCCUAACACAUAUGUAUUUAUAUAUACCGAACUCAUUAAAAAUGAAGAAUCAGUGUAA